AUGAGGAUCCAACUGCUGGGCUAUCUGUUUCUCUUCUCCUUCGGUUCUUAUCUUUACAGGGUAUCCUCUCAGCCUGAGCAUGCAAGCUUCCCACCUCGAGGUUGGAACUCUUAUGAUUCCUUUUGCUGGAUCGUUUCUGAAGCAGAUUUCUUGCAAAGUGCCGAAAUCAUCUCUCAGCGUCUAAAGCCUUAUGGAUAUGAGUAUGCGGUGGUAGAUUACCUCUGGUAUAGGAGAAAUGUUCCAGGUGCUUACCCAGAUUCUCUUGGAUUUGAUGUAAUUGAUGAAUGGGGGAGGAUGGUCCCUGAUCCAGAUAGGUGGCCCUCGUCCAAAGAUGGGAAAGGGUUCACUAAAGUAGCCAAGGCAGUACACAGCAUGGGUUUGAAGUUUGGGAUUCAUGUUAUGAGAGGAUUAAGCAGACAGGCAUAUGAUGCGAACACCCCCAUCUUGGAUACUACCACGGGACGUGCAUACAAAGAGUCUGGACGACAAUGGCGGGCAAAAGAUAUAGGGAUCCAGGAGAGAGCUUGUGCAUGGAUGCCACAUGGUUUCAUGAGUGUAAAUACUAAGCUGGGAGCUGGAAGAGCCUUCUUGAGGUCACUUUACGAACAGUAUGCCGAGUGGGGUGUUGAUUUUGUGAAACAUGAUUGUGUAUUUGGUGAUGACUUGGAUCUAGAUGAAAUAACAUUUGUGUCAGAGGUUCUGCAGAAGCUUGAUCGUCCCAUUCUGUAUUCGCUGUCUCCUGGAACCAGUGCGACACCAACCAUGGCAAAAGAUAUAAGUGGAUUAGUCAACAUGUACAGGGUAACAGGGGAUGAUUGGGAUACGUGGGGAGAUGUUGCAGCUCAUUUUGAUGUUUCAAGGGACUUUGCUGCUGCUAAUAAGAUUGGUGCCAAGGGCUUGCUGGGGCGGUCAUGGCCUGACUUAGAUAUGCUACCCUUAGGACGGCUUACAGAUCCAGGUUCUAACAGGGGACCAUACAGAAUGACUAACCUUGAUCUAGAUGAGCAAAAAACUCAGAUGACUUUGUGGGCAAUGGCCAGAUCCCCUCUUAUGUUUGGAGGAGAUGUUAGAAAGCUUGAUGAGACCACAUACAGUUUGAUCACCAAUCCUGUCGUUCUGGAAAUAAAUUCUUUUAGCUCGAACAAUAUGGAGUUUCCUUAUGUUACUGGCACAAGGGGUUCUUCUACACACAGGACCAUGGCUCACAGCCAACGAUCAAGAAGAUGUUUAAAGGAAGUUGGCGCAUCACAUACACAGUUUCUGGAUCUCACUAGCUGCAAUCAUCCCAAAGUUAAUGGUUGGUCAAUUGAAGCUCUCGACCAAGAUCUUGACCAGAUAUGCUGGAAAGGGAACGUGCAAAGCCAUGAACCUUUAUGCCUAUACAAACGAAAACCUCUUCUGUCUUCUGAUGAACGGUUAAUUUACAAUCAAGGAAAGCUGAAUUUAUUAGCUAGAGAUGGAAUGGAGUUUUGCUUGGAUGCUUCCCCAAGACAGAGGCGUACUUCAAAAGAAUUAAAGAGUGGUUCCUUCUCCCCUUGCAGAUCAGAUGCCAACCAGAUGUGGGAAUUAAACAAUAACGGAUCUCUUGUCAGCAACUAUUCGGGUCUGUGCGCAACUAUGAACUCAAUUGAUGCUAAUGCUGGAAACAGUGGUGUUCGGUCUUGGAUUGCAACUGGAAGAAAAGGAGAGAUUUAUGUUGCACUUUUCAAUCUGAACUCAGAGAAGACAGUAAUAUCAGCAAAGAUAUCAGACAUGUCAAAGGCACUUCCUGGGAGAAACUUGAAUUGGACGUCAUGUCACGGUGGAGAAGUCUGGAGUAAAAAAGAUUUUGGAGACAUUAAAGAUUUAAUAUCAGUGGAGGUAGAGGUGCACGGUUGUGCGCUGUUUGUCCUCGAUUGCCCAUAG